AUGCCUUUUAGCAGAAGCAAUACAAUUGCGAUGAACAUGGAUAAUUCGUCAAAAGUGGAGUAUGGGCGUCUCAUUAAAAUAUCUCACUCUUCACAAAAUCCAUCACCAUCUCUUGUCAACCAGUGGAACUCUGAGGAUGAUGAAUCUCCAAUGCCAUCAUCACUGUACAAUCCACUGGUUGAGCCUAGUCCAUUGGGCUUGCAGUUGAACAAGACUCAAUCAUUAUUAGAAUUGAUCGAGAAGAGGCUCUCCGAGGAAUAUAGUGCUUCCCUUACUGUAAAAUUUAGUAAAAAUCGUAACUAG